AUGGUUUGGUUCUUGGUUCUCGUCAAGGACCCUCUGAACCGGACCAAACCGGACCACGGCAGCACUAUUUCUGAUGCAUGUGGCAGUACGGAGAUUGAUGCACGAUGUCAACGCCUCCCCCCAAAUCACCAUAUUCGACUAUUUACGAAGGGCAUCACAACUCUUUCACGUGUAAGCGGUACAGAACAUAAUCAAAUUUGCCGUUUCUUGCUCGGCAUCAUCAUCGACAUCAGUCUACCUAAUAAUAUGUCUUCCGCUCGACUCCUCCGUGCCGUUCGUGGUCUGCUAGACUUUUUAUAUUUUGCUCAGUACCCAUGUCACAGCUCUGAGACGCUGGUUUUACUUGACGAGGCACUUAACCUUUUCCAUGACAACAAGGACAUCUUUAUUGACCUUGGCAUUCGGAAUUCCUUCAACUUGCCAAAACUCCACUUCACAGCUCACUACGCUCACAUGAUUCGAAUGUAUGGCACUACGGACAACUACAAUACCGAAUACACCGAACGCCUUCACAUCGACCUUGCGAAAGAUGCUUAUCGCUCUACGAACCACAAGAAUGAGUUUGGUCAAAUGACGACUUGGCUUGAACGGAGGGAGAAAAUUUCACGUCACGAGAAAUACAUUCAGUGGAGACUCGUCGAAAACACCACACGUCCGCAUCAUCAGCCCCGUCCCCCAGAAAUGACAUUUCGUCGUACUCAAACGAUGACAAAGCAUCCUACCAUCAAGGCGGUCACAUUGGACAAGGUCGCAAACGAAUAUGGUGCCACGCACUUUAAUGAAUGUCUCGCACGUUAUGUUGCGAAAGCUACCCUUCCUGUCGACACUACUGUUAUGGCCAGGCAGCUCGAAGAUCGAGCAGCUGAUAUACACAUCCCAUUUCAAAGACUACCGGUCUUUCACAAGGUGAAAUGGCUCUUGGAUAAUGUUCGUGGUGAUGGGGAUCCUCCGGUCACAGUCGAUAGUGUCCAUGCACGUCCUGGACGAUCAGGAAAAUUUACAUCCGACAGUGUUGCGCCACGAUUUGAUACCGUGUUCGUUAAUGAUGGCACAGGCGGGUCACUUGGCAUCAAAGGAUAUCGAAUUGCGCAAGUCCGUAUCAUAUUCUCGAUACCUCCCAAAGCCAUCCCCCAACUUUUCCCGUCCACAUUUCAGCCUCCGAAACAUCUCGCAUACGUCGAAUGGUUCUCUGCCUUCCGUGUACCUGAUCGAGAUCACGGCCUGCACAAGGUCUCGCGUGUCGUUAAAAAUGGAGAACGAAUGGCCAGCAUCAUACCAAUCAGCAAUAUUCGUUGUAGUGCCCAUUUGAUUCCGCAUUUCGGCUCUGUAGCUCCUCGUGAAUGGACCUCUGCUAACGUUCUUGACGAGUGUUCAUCAUUCUAUCUUUCUGUGCUCCUGAGCGCGCUUAUAUCUUUCGUCAUUCUUGCUACAGCGUCACCCACGCCUGGAGCCAUUUCGAAACGUUCCUUCGAGCGAGACUCGCUUGACACGAACUUUCGACGUGAUCUCCUAGUAGAGAGCAAAAAGCCCAAGGAACUCGAGUCGCAUAUCUCUUAUGACGAUGCCGACGUCCCAAGUACUGGAGGCAAGAAGCGCAAGGAACUCGAGUCGCACAUCUCUUACGACGAUGCCGAUGUCCCAACCACUGGAGGCAAGAAGCGCAAGGAACUUGAGUCGCACAUCUCUUACGACGAUGCCGAUGUCCCAACCACUGGAGGCAAGAAGCGCGAUGAACUCGAGUCGCGUAUCGCUUACGACAACUAGGAAAACGAACAGCCUAGCAUAUAUAAACCCGAUUGAUAUGGCUAUGGAUUCAACGUAACAAGAAGUGAAGCAAGAAUAUGUAGAAAGAAGACAGGUUCCUUUAUUAUGAAGUGCAUCAUAUCAGACACUCGACGGAGGAUAAAAGACAAGAGGAGGUACGGUGCAGGACUGUUCCGCCCUGGAUUAAGAUUCAACGAUUGAGGAAUGCCCUGCUUCCUAUGUAGCAGAGAAUUCGAAACUUUGAAACAAACCGCAUACCGAUAAAUUGCAUCGAUAGCCAUCUAGAUCAUACGGAAUACACCAAACAACCUCUUAACAAACACAAAUUCACCUAGGCACUCUUCGACACGACAUGCUUCGGGCCCAUCUGCAUCCCGUCCAAGUUUCAAAUUGCGCAUGACCAUGCUCCAGGAGCACCUCGACCCUCGCCCACUUGGG